GCAUGUUAGCAUGCUAAUAUUUGAUAAUUAGCAGCAAUACUAAAUAUGGCUGAGGCUGAUAGGAAUGUCAUUAGUUUUGUAGGUAUUUGGUCAUAAACCACCAAUUCGAAAUAUUGACCUAAUGAUGGCUCUAAAGGAUCAAGAGGGACACGGAUGUGCCAGAUUACAUGGCAUUUUGUCCAGUAGUUAUUGAGACAUUUAACUCAAAACCAUAACUGUCAACCAGAUGGUGGCGCUACUGGAAAAGUCAAAGGAUCAUUCAUAUUCAUUGUGUGGGAAGCAUGAAUGUAUGUACGAAAUUGUUUGCCAAUUCAUCUAAAGAGUUAAGAUAUUUUACUCGAAAAACACUGACCUGCUGGUGGCAUUGUGAAUUUUCAUAGAAAUCCAUCCAGUAGUUAUUAUUAUAGUCUGGACCAAAGCGGUGGACCAACCAACAGGCCAACAGAAAUUGCCAUUCCCUAAAGCCAUGCUCCUGUGUAAUGUGAAAGGGGUAUUUUCUGAGGAGUUGGUGGAGACGACUACAGCUAAAAGGAAAGUGUAGUUUGGACUUACAUUCAUCACAUGUGCAGAAACAGGACUCCAAAUGAAUACUAAUGUUGCUCCGUGCCUGCUGGAUAGGUAAGUAUGAAACUGUCCCUAACUAGUCCCAAUAAACACUUUAUAAGGUAAUAAUAUGUCACAUGUGUUUUUAGCGUGUUCACGCUAAAAUAAUCAGUGAAUGCUGCUGUAGUAGUCAACAGAUAAACAGGGCUAACCAUAUAUUUUAACAUUUUACUUAAUGUGUGUUAAAAGCAAUGCGAUUAUACUGAAAGCAACAGUCAUUUAUGCUGACAUACAUUACAUCCAAGUCUCCAUUUGAUUCACACUCUCCCCAAACUGGGUUUUUUCUAGUCUUACAUAUGUAUUGCCUGCCUUGACUUCAUUGGUGAUCUAGUACUUUUUUAUCAGCAGUGGCAAUAAUAUACUGUGUGCCAUACUAUUGGAAUGUACAUACCUUUCAUUUGCAUGUUGGAAAAAUGACUGCCACUCCUACAAGUUUGGCUUAGACCCACAUUUAGUUGCAAACCUAAUUAACUCAGACAGAGGAAACCCCAUCAAUGUAAUACCAUACUAAUCCUGAGGCCGCUCUAAUCACCUGUCCUGAGCUUUGGGAUUCUACAGGGUUAUAAAAAAACACCCAAGAGCUGGAGAUGCCCAUUUCAAGUUUGGCCACUCCAUCUUGGAGUAUAUACCCAAAGGCUACAGGACUAUGGACUGUUAAAUUACAAGCCAGCCAUGGGGCAGACACAGCAAACCGAGAACAGUGAGGAGAUUGAUGUCAAAGCGCUUCAGGAUAUGUAUAAAAGGUUUGUCAUGGAGUGCCCAAGUGGACUGCUUUUUCUGCAUGAGUUCAAGCGCUUCUUUGGUGUGGACCCAACAGGGGAAGCGUCUGAUUAUGCAGAGAACAUGUUUCGAGCUUUUGACAGAAAUGGGGACAACACAAUUGAUUUCCUUGAGUUUGUGGCAGCACUGAAUCUUGUUUUCCGGGGAGACCUGGAACAUAAACUGCGCUGGUCAUUCAAGGUGUAUGACAAAGACAACAAUGGCUUUGUGGACAGAGACGAACUACGGUCAAUAAUUGAUAGCCUCUAUCGGAUAAAGAAAGGCACAAAGACAGACAUGAGUGAUUCACAGCUGACAGUGGAUGAGGUUGUGGAUCGAAUAUUACAGAGCGUUGAUAGUGAUGGAGAUGGUACUAUUAACAUGGAAGAGUUCAUUAGAGGUGCACAGCAGGACCCCUGGGUGCUCACCAUGUUGAAGUUGGACAUGAACCCUGCUGGAUGGGUGCUGGAGCAGAGGAGAAGGAGUGCACACUUUUGAAAUGUCAAAGCACACAGGCCUUUCCCAUGUGUACAAAGGGAGAACAAUCAUGGAUAAAAUCCAGGCUUUAAAUUAUAUCUACAAAAUGUAUUAAACACACAUCUUACAACUAAAAUUAGUAUGCUUUGGAUACUCGGUAUAUACAGUUUCAUUUUCACAGACUGUGAAAGAAGUUGUUCAGGCUCUAGUUUGGGUUUUAGUAAAGGAACAAUAGCAUAAAAUCUCAGCAAGGACUGUAACGAACAGUAUGAAUACACAGAAAAAUGUCUAAUUACUACUUCUUCCUUUGUAUGCAUUAUUCUCUCUUUUCACUGUUAAAACUAUAAUAAUGCUUAAGCUUAAUUAUAUUGUCUUCAGAUACGAGUCAAGUAACAAUUUCCUAUAAUUUUAAGUGCAUGUAUGUAUAUAUUGCUUGCUAACUCAAGUUCACAGCCUUCUUGUUAUAAAGUUUAAAUAUGUAAAUAGCAAACGAUUAUAAUACUUUUCUAUUGUUGUGGGGUUUUUUUAUGUUUUUAAUUUUGUCUUUAAGCAAAUAAUAACAUUACUGGGACACAAUUACAUUCUUAUUGUGCAUAUUGAAUUAAAGUCCAUACUCUUAAUUAAUAUUGUUUUACCUGAUUACUGUUGUUAAAGGCAGGUUUUAAGACCUAUGAAUUCAAGCUCAAUAAAAAACAUAAGUCAUUGUCA